AUGGUCGGCAGCGAUAUGCGAAAUGCAAAUGAUUCUGAAGGGAAUCAACUGAAACAUAUGCUGAACUCAGCGCAACCUCAAGGGCCCUCACAAUCACUAAAAAAGAAGAUGCUGUUUGACUUCAUAGACACUCUAUCAAGUCGCGUCGAGUCUAUGCUUCCAAACAGGACGGGAAACACCCCAGCUGAGGUAGAACAUAAUCCACAAUUUGCUGUGACAAGAGAAAUAUUCUUAACUAAAAACGAGGGUCCUGAUUACGUUUCAUCGGUUUUUAAAAGCUUUUGUAAAAUAUUACGAUCAAUUCGUAAGGACAAUAGAGAUGAAAAGCAGCUCGGAUCAAUACUCGUUAUCACCAAAUUGCUAUAUGAUAUUUUGGCGGAUUUUUGGAACAGAAGAGAUUUGAGCCACAUUUCUGAAUUAGAAGACGACAUAUAUGUUGAUUUCACCACAUAUCAUUAUUACGAGAUACCAGAGCCUUUAGACCCAGAGGUUGUUAAGUAUUCAAUUGAUACUUUGAUUCGCAUUUUAUCACCAAGACUUGUCAAAAGGUUUUUAUCUUUCGUAAAAAACUCUUUUGAUGAGACCUCAACUAGAAACAAUGAAGCAUCUGAGGAGAUUUCUAAGUAUAUUAAUCUUAUAGAUAGGCACGUCGAAUUAGCUUUGCGAUAUCUUGCAAUAUCAAAUCCAUCAGAGUAUUACAGCUACCUCAAAGCAAAUCUAAUUGAUCAUGAUGAAAAGGAAGACGCGAUUCCGUAUUCAGCUUUACAAACAUAUGUUCCUUUAAUUAAGUUUACCUAUUACAACAGAGAAGUUUUUAAGAAUGCUACUGAUGACAUAUUAAAAACAUUACCAGCUAUAAGGUCCUAUAGUUGGAAGCAAUUGUAUUUGUUAUUCUUCACUUCAAGUAUAAGAGACCAAGUAUUUUCGAGGCCCCUAGACUACUGCAAGCUAAUAUAUUCAGACUCUGAAUUACAGUCUAAAUGUGUUGCAGUUUUCGAUUUUGUCUCAACUGCUUUCGAUGACAAUAUGUACUCGGGUAGUUUAUCGUUGAUUCAAAGUUGGUUAUUACUUUUGUGCGUUAAAGAUUUUACGGAACUAGAACAAGGACCAAAUAAGCUCAAGAUUGCAUUUAAUAGAAGAUUAAAAUAUCUCAGUCAAAUCCUCAAAGAGUCGGUAAAUGGAAGUAAUUUAGAAUGCUUCAAAUCAUUAAUUAAUAUUUUUCACUUGGGUGCAAGACUCCCAGAAACACAUCCGGUCUAUAGAUUUUGCUUGAAGAACCUUGAUCAAACUUAUCAUACUCUAGAUAAAUUAGAAGUUUCCUUCCGAUCUAGCGAUGCCAGCAUUUCGCAUGAUGAACUUCUAGUGAAUUUUUACAUUACUGCUAUCAUGCUCAAACCAGAAAAAUACGUCGAUAUUUUACUCACCAAGUUUCAUGAAUCGAUCGAUGACAUCAAGGAAGUUCGAAUAUUGGUAAAAGUCAUAAAGGAGUUGUCCGAAUUGAAACAAACGAAAAAAAUAUUCUAUGACAUAAUGUGCAAAAUAUCAAAAGAGCUCAAGACUAUGGUGUUUGGUGCGGUCAAAUUAUUAGAUCAACACUACAGCUCUACCGAUUCUUUAAGUACUUUAACAUCAUUGCAUUCAUCGAAGAAUAGCAUUGAAUCGGAAAGACAUAAUUUUGAGUCUCUGUCUGGCAUAAAGGUUGGUAUGCAAGAGUACUUGAAAGAAAAUGCAUCCAGCAUAGAGUCGCAUGAUGGAAGUGGCUCACAAAGAUCUUUAAACCAUACAAAGACUACAGCUUGGGUCGAAAAGGCUAGACUAAUAUCGGAGGUUGAAGAAUUACUAUCUUAUUUACUUGCUGUAUUCAGUGGUGCUCCUCAUUUAUACUUCCAUGAUGCUAGUCUCAUGGACUCAGGUGAAAGUCCACACUCUCCUGAAGUACGUGAGAAAAUUCUUAAGUUUGCCGACGAAGCCGUCGCUCCUUUGAGAUAUUGCUUUCAAUCAAAGCUUGGGGAUAAUGCUUCAGUACACUUUACGGCUGCGUGCAAUCUAGCUAUGAGACUUGUUGAAAAUGGGAAUUUUACUGAGAGCACAUCUCCAUUAUCAUUGUUCACGAAUAUGGUGAUUUCAAAUUAUGUACUUCAGGCUAUCUGCGAUUCUUGUACCUCAAUUGCAUUUAUAGAUUAUUCGUUCAAAGCCAGAUUUCUAUUUUUGAAUAGGUACUUGCAGGCAAGAGAUAAGGCAAUCACCAAGGUGUUGAAAGGUCACAUGGAAAUAUCCUUAAUGUCAUAUGCUAACUGUUCCUCAAUGUUAUACGCCCUUGAGAGAUGCUUAUUGAUAACUUUGUGUACCCAUGAUAUUCAGUUCUACAAUAUUUCAAAAAUAACAAUGAAGUGGUAUACCAGAGCCUAUAGAGAAUGUCCAGAAAUCCAAGAACUUCAUCCUUUAAAUCUCAGUCAAACGUUCAACGAAGUUGUAAAUGAGAAAUUUGUGUUUACUGGCCUUGUCUCAUUGCAUAAAAGGUUUCGUAACAUUUUAAGAGAAACAAAGCCGACGAGGGCUUUGUAUGAUGCCUGGAAUACAAUAUAUGAUAGAUGGCUCAAAUUAUUAGGUGAGUCAAACAUCAAUGAUGAGAGUUUAAUAUUCAGAAAUUUCACUGGGUUCUUGGUGGCUACAUCUGGAUGCUUUUUACGAGAUGAAUUUGCUACUGGGGAUUUGGAAUUCGAACACAAAGCACAGGAUUUGAUCGACGCUUUUUAUGAAAAAUGUGUUCGUCUAUUAACUUCUAAUGAUUUAGUUGUAAGAAUCAUUAUCAAGGACGCUUUAUCAAAUGAACCUCAUCCUACUUUGUUUUACAUGAUUAGCUCUAAGCUUUUGAAUGUAGCACAUGAAUAUUGUGAUGGCAAGGUGUUGAGCAAUGAAAGUUUUUUGUACGUUGAACUGGUAAUUAGAAUUAUUACUACAAUGUGCGGGAAUAAAAGUGAUGGAUCUUUUGUAUUAAUAGCUUCCCUUUCAAAAGUCCUUGCCUUUCUAUUGAAGUUCAUUAAUAUGGUCGAAGAUCUGACCGAGUGUUUAAAAUUGAAAUUAAGAUUUUGCAAAUUACAGUUAGCUAUUCAAAAUGACAAAAGCUAUGCUGGAUUAACAGGUGCCUUCAAAGUAAGAAAUCACUACGCCAAAGUCGUCUCAGACUGGUUGGAGCAAGCUGCAUUCUGUGAAGACGGAUCUUAUGCGGAUAGUGGAGAUGUGUCAAGGCUGUCCUCACUGGCUUCAAACAACAAUUCUGAAAUCAAGUUCUUGAAUAUUGAUUCUGUCCCAGAAUUUUCUAAGUGUCUAGCAGUGCAAUUGGAAGAACUUUUACUUGAAAUACCUGAAGGAACCCAAGACAGAGAUAUUAGAAAGUAUAAAGACUUGGCCUUCGGAAAUUAUUUCUCCUUAUUUUACAAAAUCUUACAGAAGUACACAUCUAUGGAUUUGACCGCAAAUCCUAGUAAAUCGAGAUUCAAGGUCAAUUCCAUCAUAGAGAAUGUUCUUAAAUGCAUAUCAAAUAUUCUUCAAUUUGAUACAGAUGUCGGAAUGCAAUUUGUACUACCAUUGGGCUUCCACGAGAAUUAUAGAACAAGAUCAAUAUUCUUGAACGUAUUCGCCAAGACUCUUGCUUCCAGGAAAAGCAGGGUGUCUUUGGAAGAUUUUCCAGAUAAUGCGAUACAUGAUUUAGCAAAUGUUUACGAUAUAUACGGUUUUGCGGCCGUCGUGGCAUCAUCGACUGAGCACAACUUGUUAGCAACUUCCCUAUUUGGAUUAUUUGGCUACACGAGAAGCUUGGACAAGCUAUUCAAUGUAUUGUUAGACUACGAAAUAAGGACCGUGGUUAGGUCUACGAGCGUAUUUCGAAGAAAUAGUACUUUGACCAGAUUAUUAUCAAACUUUGCGAAAGACUAUGGAUUGGAUUAUUUGUCCCUGACUUUGAAACCAUUUAUUGAAGAGCUUGUUUCUAAGGAGAUGUAUUUUGAAGUAGAAAAAGACAAAGAUUAUCAGCUUGAAGAUGCAGAUCGAUUUAUGAGUUGUUUGAGGGAAUUGGUAGAGAAUAUAUAUAAGUCUAUUCACCUGAUUCCACUUUCCUUUAAGUAUAUCUGUGGCCAGAUCUAUCAUCGUGUGAAGGAGAAAUUUCAAGAUGCUGCCUUGCCGGCUGUAGGCUCUUUUAUAUUUUUAAGGUUCUUUUGUCCUGCUAUCAUCAGCCCUGAAACUUUCUUCGAUAUUACUAUUGAGAAUCCAAAGGUGAAGAGAUCGCUCAUGCAGUUGGUGAAAGUUAUACAAAACAUGGCAAAUGGAUCUUUAAAUCUAUUGAAGUGGCCAGGCUUAAAUUCGAAGAUGGACGAAUUGAAUGAAUUGAAUCAAAAAGUGUUUGAUUUCAUGAAAAACAUUUCUACAGAAUCCAAUGAAGGAGAGGAAUACCCAUUUUUGCCUGUUGAAGAGAAACCAAUUGCAGAGCUUCGAUAUUUGCAUAAGUUUUUGUAUAAUUAUUUUGGCAAAAUAAAGUACGAGGUCUUUUUGGGAAGUUCGGUGGACAAGUCCACUCAUUUACAUGAAAAAGUUGUGUUAUUCCGGAAAUUCGAUAAAGUGAUGAAAAAAUUGGGCCAACCGAAAGCCUUAAUACGGUUGCAUAUUUCUGCUUCAUACAAGAAUUUUGAAGCAGGCAAUGGUGCCGGUAACCAGUAUUCCGAAUUUAUGGGUAGGAUGUCAAUGAAGUAUGUCGAAUCUACCGGAGAAAGCUCUUUGAUUCAAAAUUCAAUAUUUUCUGAUGGGACACCAGUUGUGGUGGUGAAUUUAAGUCAACUUAAGAAUCAUAAUUAUGAAAUUGAAUUUUUGGUCUUCAAGUUUCUUGAGACUGCGAGUCAAGUAUGGGAUAAUAAAUUCUAUUUAGUUUUUGACUGCACAGAGUAUGUCUUUUCAGAGAAGCUAAACGCACAUUUCCUUCAGCUUAUCGCCACAUAUACCCCAUCCCUGUUCGCGAAGAAUUGUUCAAGGGUAUAUUACUUCAAUGUUUCUAUGGCUGGAGCAAAACAGACAUUCGACGAGAUACUAAGUUUUAAAAAGCUUCACGCUGACUCACACGCAGAGAUUUUUGCUUAUUCUCAGGUCGAUAAUCCUGGUGUUAUUAACAACUUGAGUCUUAAUUCAACUACGAUUGCAGUCGGAAGGGAUACGAGAGUGACUUUUAAGAACGCGAAGGUUUACGAUCCACGUUCAAAAACCUUCUUUCCUGUUUCUAUUAGACUUGGUAGGAGAUGGCUCCAAAUUUGCUAUGAAGAUUCUUAUUCAUUUUAUGAUUACCAUAGUGGUACCAAGUCUUUUUAUCCGGUAGAGGUCUAUAGUCUUUCCCAGAUUACGAAAUGUGAUGUUGCAAAUGAUAUGGAAGAAAAAGAUGAAUUCACUAUUCAUUUCUCAGAAAACUACCUGAUCCUUUUUAAGUCCAAAGAAAGACUGGAUAUUUUGAGAUUAUUAUAUUUUACGACGUCAAGACUUCCCAAACAAGUUAUAUAUAAAGAUAGUGAUAAGGCACGAGAGCAUGGGGUGCAUCCCAUGUACUGGUUUUCACGUUUGUUCAAUAUUACGUUUCACGGAUUCUUGUGCCCAGAUGAGGAAGUCAGGUCUGCGACAUCAAAGUUGUUCUUCUCUUUGGCCACAUAUUAUGAUAUUGAUUUUGGCAUAAAUAUACCGCAUACAAAAAAUAUCGCUUAUCCAUCAAAUACUACAGAAUACGUGGUCUCGAUUUCAGAAUAUUUAUCAGAAAAGUUUCCAAAUAUGUCUUUCAGAUUUUUCAGAGCCUUUUUUGAUAAUUACGAGAAGUUGUCUCUCGAAUUGAGAAUUAGUGCAAUUAAAUAUAUUUCACCUUGGAUCGAUAACAUAUGUGAAUAUAUUUUAUCUGAGAACGAGGAGAAUGGAUCUGAUAGAGUAGCUGAUAUAAUUCGACUGCUAUGCAGAAUCACUUCAUUGAACAAAGAAAUUAUUUCAUGUUUGAAUGAUUAUGUUUGGAAAAAAAUUUCUCUAGAACCAAGGUUGGUACCUACAUUGAUCGACGAGGUUAUCGCAUACGCAACUAAUAACAAAAAUGAUGGGCCUAACUGGAUUUUUAUAGUAUCAGUUAUCUCUCCAUCUGCAGAGGCAUGUGGAGAAGUUGUCUCAAGAUUGAUAUCAUGUGUAAGUAAGACCAACAGCGAUGAUUCUGCAAUAGCUUCGCAAAGCAAAUUGUUCGAAAUUAUGGUUCUUGUCAAAAUAGCUGGGUCGUUGUUCUUCAAUUCUUAUGUCUUCGCUCAGAUAUACUUGGCUGAUAUCUUUUUCAUCACGACACUUUUUAUUGACAAUAUGACUUUGAACUUUGGAGCUGAUUUACAAAAAUUGGUCAUUAAUACUGUUCAUUCAUUUUUGAAGAAACCAGAUUUGCCCAAGAAAGAGUUUGAUACCGUUCAACAAACCCUAGAAUACUUCAGCGGUCAACGUGCACGUUUACUUUUCGGAAUUAUGACGGAGAGAGGAACAACUUCAGAUUCGGGCCAGGUUUACAAUAGAGCGACAAACUUGGAAAUGUUAUGCGAUUCGUUGAACACUUUCGUAUCUGUCUUAGGAACAUCAGCUGACACGUCUGGUUGGAGAUUUAGAUGGUGUUCUAAUGCUAUUGAUGUUGCAUUCAGCAGCAACUCCAUGUUCCAGAGCCGUGCUUUGCUUGUUGUUGGAAUUUUAGCCAAAGAUGGAAUUAAUGAUUCCACAACGUCCAGAGUAUUACAGCUGAUGAGUAGGGCGAAUAUAUUAUCAUUGAAGCGCUUUACGGUUGUAUUGGUGUCUUAUUCGAGGAUAUACAAAGGUAUUUCAGGCUAUUCUGUUAUGACACCUUAUUUGAUUUGGCCUCAUAUUUGCUUUGCAAUGCUUAACCAUGCAGUUCUUUAUCAACCGUCUAUCGAAUGCUUGACAAAUUUACUUACUAAACAUAUAUUGGCUGGAGAUAAGUAUUUGGAAGUAAUAUUCAACCAAAGGCGAGUUUUGGAGCCUUAUGUGCUGAGGUUUGAGGAGCGCAAUAAAGUCAAAAUAACUAAAGAGAACUUUGAGUGUCAUAUUUUUAACAUAUUAACACAGGGAAUACGGUAUUCUCACAUCAAGCAUACCUCUUUGAACUGUUUAAAAUCUUAUUUUGCCGCGAAGUAUAAGAAUAGAAAUACUUCAGAAACUGAAAAAUUUUUGAACGAUGCUAUGCCGUUUCUUGUUUUCAUCUAUUUGAUGAGCAGCUCUGAGCAAUUUUCAGAUUAUUUGCAUGAAAUUGGAGCAGAGGAGCAAAAGUAUGAGAUUGGCUCCGAAACUAAAAUUCCGCAAGCCGUCGUGGACUUUUUUUUGAAACAGUCAGAAACUUCGAAACCAGUUUUGAUUCUUUGUUCCUCAUAUUUCAAGUACGACUCUGUUGAAAAUCUAUUCAAAACAAGAUUUUUAGAGGUUUAUGAUCAUAUAUUCAGCAGAAAGAAGGAACUAGGUUUCCUUUGUUACGAGCAAAUGAAAAAUACAUUGGACGAAAUGUUGGUGAUGACUCAGUCCUUAGAAUUGACUAAUAGUAUUUCAAAUAUUGAAUAUGCAGUGUUACGGGACCCAAAUUUUUCGUUCGAUAUAUAUCGGGAGCAAAGAAUGACUUUGUUGGAGAAAAUUGACUUCAGUACCGAUCACGACUGGACAUUGCGUAAACCCUCAGGUAAUUCUGAUAAUGAUGAAAUUUUUACGAAGAUAAUUCAAGAUUCAAAGGAAUUACAAGAAAUGGUUUAUAGAAGUGCAUGUUCUUAUGUCGAGGGGCAAGUUUUGGAAGACUGA